CUGGAGUCCGGAGGCUCCCGGUUUCGGGAGAAACACACACGGGCAACUUCAUCCGCGCGCACACCACAGCGCGAGGAGAGGACUUCCGGUUGCUGCACGCUGAAAAUGAACGAAGGAAGAAUAAUUUAGAGAAUUAUUUAGUUGGAAUUAAAAAGCGGGAGUGUUUAUUCAUUAUUUCAUUAGAUUUUUAUUCCUAUUACGCACGAGGCUUCACGCGCACUGCUCUGUUCAUCCGGAGCGUCCUGACCGAAUUUCAAACUUUUCUUCAUCUAAAAAGCAGACGGAAAAAAACAACAACAAAAAACUCACCCUGGAGAAAAAAAUACAAACAGCUGGAUAUUUAUUUGAAUGAAGUGUUUUUUUUUCUUUUAAAGAAAAACAAACAAACAAAAUGUUUUUCUUAAUUUUAUUUCCGGUGAAGAUUUUCGUGAGCUGGUCUCGUGCAGGAUGAUGAUGAAGAUGAUUGUGUUGAAGCAGCACAGAUACAAUACGGAUUAAGUACGGAGUUAAACACACACACACACACACACACACACACACGGGCGCGCAGAGGAUGAUGAAGAUGAAGACGCAGCGGUGUGUGUGGAGAAGCCCGUUUCCGGUUCUGGUCCUACUGUCCGGCUGUCUUUAUCGGGUGAGUGAGGGGCGGGCUAGUGUGAUGAUGUCAGAGACACUCCCUCGUUUCUCGUCAUCUUUUCCAUCAUCUCUUCCUGUUUCCUGUCACAUGCAUGGUGCCGACUCGUCCUUCUUCCUCGUCCGUGACUCUCCACAGGAAGUGAUGCGCAACGGAUCUCUGAGCUCUCUUACUCAGCCUCUUUAUCUUCACCUGCUGCAGUCUGGUUCCGCCCCUUCACUGUCUGUCAACUGCAGCUAUGGCAACAUCACCGCCGAGGCACCGGUACCUCCGGAACUCAUCCGCAGGGCGUGGUCAAGUCCUAGAGUCGGCCCUGCCUCUUCGUCCAAACCUUUAAUGGGCUGGAAAGUGAAAGCUCACCUGCUGAGCUCAUCCGUAGGGGCGGAGCAACCUCAGGUGCAUGUUUUGUUCUAUCUGAUUGGACACAGUUGGAAGGAGGUGGAGCUUCCUUUGGAGAACUUACCAUGCGUACGCGUCGUGGGGACACGCGACCAAUCGGACGGCUCUGUCUCUGCUGCGUGCAGACUGCAGGGCAUUCUGGGAAUGUGCGUGGUGCAGCUGGGCGUGCCCACUUCCUGGUUCAGUCCGGUGCUGAGUCGCAGACGGCUGCAGGAGCCGACCAUGGAGCUGCAUUUCUCCCUGUGGGCUGCAGAGAGCGGGAACGGAGAGUGCCCUGGGAGUAGGGAGCGAGGGAAGGGUGUAGGGGACAUGCGGCGGAUCGGGAUGGUGACCCUGACCUCCGGGGACAGUAAGAGAGACGGGACAAAGGUGAGACUGGACCAGAACGUGGAGAUUGUCACGCCGUCUCGUCCCGUCAAACAGGGACAGAAUGUCAAAUUCAGAGUUUUGCUGAACACAGCGUCCACGACUGAACAACUCACACUGAGGGCGCAGUAUGGGGAAGGCAUCAACUUCGUAGCGGUGAAGCCCAGUAACCUGGCUACGUGGGAAAUCAAACAGGAAGUUGCUCCAGGCUCCGCCUCCUUUUCCAUAUUCUGUGAGAGGAAGACCAGUUUGUCCAAUGAGAGGAUGGACGGCUCCUUCGAGGAGGCGAUGUUGGUGGAUUUUGAGAUGGAUAACUUCAUCACGCUGCAGGCAUCUCAUUCCAUCCUCUGGAGGGUGGAAUAUCCAUCUACAGGAGAAACGGCUGAAUCUGUCACACUCGUCUACGUCAGACAGAGGGACGUCCUGGGCAUCGUCCCACUCGCUGAGGACACAGAGAUCCUGAACAUAGCAAUUCUCACCGGUCAGCGUGUGUCACUUCCUGUGAAGGUGGUCACUGUGGAUCAGGAUGGGACUGUGCGAGAGAUCGAUGACCCAGUCACCUGCAGGUCUACUGAUGAGGAUGUCCUGAAGGUCUCUCCAGCCUGUGAUGAGGUGUUUGUGAAUGGUAAAGAGAUGAGGGGGCGUGUCUCUGUGCAGGUGAACUUUACAUACCUGUAUCUGAACAGCCAAUUAGAGCUGAAUGUCUGGGUGCCGCGGUUACCACUGCAGAUUGAUGUCUCUGAUGUGGAACUGAGUCAGGUGAAAGGAUGGAGAGUCCCCAUCAGUGGAAACAAAAGGCCGACUCGGGACAGUGAGGAUGAUGAUGAUGAUGAGAGGAAGGGGAAAGGAUGCACGCUGCAGUAUCAGUACGCUCUCGUCCGGGUUCUCACACACUUUGUGGCCGAACCGAGUGACCCCGCCGAUGACCUCAUCCACAUGCUGGGCCCUGAUUGGUCGGCAGACAUAACAGACCUGGUGCUGGAUUUCCUGAAGGUGGAGGAUGAGAGAAUCGCACGACUCACAGAUGGAAGAGUUUUAAUGGGCAGAGACCUGGGCAUCACCACCAUACAGGUGAUCUCUCCUCUGUCCGACUCCAUCCUG